GCUGAUUAGUACGAGCGCGCGCGUCAAACACACAUGUCAAGAAUUGGGGACAGCGCGAUGGAUGAAUAUUGUGGUUCCACGUUCUGGAAUUAUUCAUUAGCAUGGGAAACAGAUGAUCCAGAUCUGACACCAUGUUUUCAACAAACAGUAUUAGUGUAUGCGCCCUGUGCUUUAUUAUGGCUUUUUGUGCCUAUGGAACUAUAUUACGCUUGGAAUAGUAAAAAGAAAAAUGUGCCUUGGAGUUUUUUGAAUAUUUCAAAACUAUUAUUGACUGCAUUAGUGAUUGUUCUUUCUUUUGUUGAUUUGGGAUAUUCAAUAUCUUUAAGUAACAGUGAAAAUGUGUAUAAUGUGUCUUAUUAUACUCCUACGAUAAAAAUAUUAACAUUUUUAUUAUCAGCCACAUUGCUAUUUUUAAAUAAAAGACAUGGUAUUCGGACGUCAGGUUUACAAUUUUUGUUCUGGUUCUUACUUGUUAUUGGAGCAAUACCUCAAUUUCGAAGUGAAAUUCGAAAAUAUGAUGAUACAUAUAAAAAUGAAUUAUAUUUUAUUACCUACAUGAUAUACUUUCCAACAAUAUGUGUUAUCUGGUUUUUGAACUGCUUUGCAGAUAAAGAACCCACUUACAGUGAAUAUGAAAAGUCUGAAAAACCAUGUCCAGAAUCCCAAAGUGGAUUUUUAGGAAGACUGUUCUUUUUAUGGUUUGAACCAAUGGCCUGGUUAGGAUACAGGAAACCAUUGGAAACAUCAGAUUUGUGGGAAAUGAAUCCAGAAGAUCAAUGCAUAGAAGUAGUUCCUUUGUUUGAUAAAUAUUGGGAAAAAUCAGUAGCAAAAUAUAAAAAUGUUAGUGGUGCAAAAGCUUCAUUCAGCAAGGUAGCAAAUAGUGUUGAUAUAGUUGAUACGAAGACUAAAAAGCAAAAACAAGCUUCAAUUAUGCCAGCUCUUUAUAAAGCAUUUGGAGCAACAUUUGCCUUUGGAAGCUUACUUAAACUUUCACAAGAUCUUAUGAUUUUUAUCUCUCCACAAAUUCUUAGUGCUCUUAUAAAGUGGACUACAAAUAAAAAUGAAGAGUUAUGGAAAGGAUUUUUUUAUGCAGCUUCAUUUUUUAUAACUGCAACUAUACAAACUUUGGUGUUAUCUCAAUAUUUCAAUAAAAUGUUUUUAGUCGGUAUGAGAAUCAGAACAGCUUUAAUUAGUGCUAUAUAUAGAAAGGCAUUAAGAAUGUCAAACAGUGCCAAAAAGGAAUCUACUGUUGGUGAAAUUGUUAAUCUCAUGGCUGUUGAUGCUCAAAGAUUUAUUGAUUUAGUAGCUUACAUCAAUAUGUUGUGGUCUGCACCUCUUCAAAUUAUUCUGUGUAUGUACUUUUUGUGGGAAAUUUUGGGACCAUCCGUACUAGCUGGUUUAGCCGUUAUGAUUAUCUUGAUUCCAGUCAAUGGAGUUAUUGCUAAUAAAGUAAAAACUUUGCAAAUUAGACAGAUGAAGAAUAAAGAUGAACGUGUGAAACUGAUGAAUGAAGUUCUCAGUGGAAUUAAGGUUUUGAAAUUGUACGCCUGGGAACCAAGUUUUGAGGCGCAAGUUCUCAAAAUUCGUGAUAAGGAAAUCAAAGUACUAAAAGAGGCUGCAUAUUUAAAUGCUGGAACAUCAUUUAUUUGGUCUUGUGCCCCUUUCCUGGUAUCAUUGGUAACAUUUGCGACAUUUGUUCUGACCGACGAGGCAAACAUUUUGGAUUCGAACACUGCUUUCGUCUCUUUAUCACUGUUCAACAUUUUGAGAUUUCCACUCUCCAUGCUGCCGAUGAUGAUCUCCAACAUGGUGCAAGCAAGUGUAUCAGUAAAAAGAAUUAAUAAGUUUAUGAAUUGCGAAGAACUUGAUCCAAGCAACAUAACCCAUGAGAAAUUAGAAGAACCUUUGUUAAUAGAAAACGGUACUUUUGCAUGGGAUGAAGGAGAACCUACUUUAAAAGAUAUAAAUUUAAAAGUUAAAUCCGGUAAUCUUCAAGCUGUUGUUGGUACUGUAGGUUCUGGAAAAAGUUCUUUGCUUUCAGCAUUUCUUGGAGAAAUGGAAAAAGUGUCUGGUCGCAUCAAUACUUAUGGUACGAUUGCAUAUGUACCCCAACAAGCAUGGAUUCAAAAUGCUACACUGCAAGAUAAUAUUAUUUUUGGGAAGCCCAUGGACAAAGCUCUUUAUGCCAAAGUUGUAGAAGCAUGUGCACUUAAACCAGAUUUUGAAAUGCUACCUGCUGGAGAUCAAACAGAAAUCGGUGAAAAGGGUAUAAAUUUGUCUGGUGGACAAAAACAGCGAGUUUCUUUAGCGCGUGCUGUUUACAAUGGAGCUGACAUUUAUUUCUUAGAUGAUCCGUUAAGUGCGGUAGACAGUCAUGUUGGAAAACAUAUUUUCGAGCAGGUAAUUGGACCAGCCGGGUUAUUAAAGAACAAGACAAGAAUUUUAGUUACACAUGGUAUCACUUAUCUACCAUACACCAACAAUAUCGCAGUGUUAAUAGGUGGAUCAAUUAGUGAAACUGGUACAUACAAAGAAUUGCUCGACAAGAAAGGUGCUUUUGCUGACUUUUUGGUACAGCACAUUCAGGAACUAGGAGAGCAAGAAGAAGGUAUUUCUGUAAUUUAUAUUCUUUAUUUUUUUGGUUUAUAUUUUUUUUUUCUUUCAGAUAUCGGCGAAUUAAAACAACAAUUGGAACAACAUCUUGGUGCUGAAGAGUUUAACAAUAAAUUACAAAGAGCAAGAUCACGUACGGAUAGUCAAUCAGAUACGGCAUCAUUAAAUGGCUCAUUAAAUCAAUCUGAAAGUGGUGACAGGAAAAAUAGUUUGAACAGGAGUGAUAGCAGUCUUCGGCGCAGAUCAUCUGCAAAAGAAGUUACCGCCGUCAAACCUGUAGAAAAGCCAAUAAACACAGGAGAAAAGUUGAUUGAAGCAGAAAAGGCAGAAACAGGAAAUGUAAAAUGGAGUGUGUACUCACAUUAUUUACGAAGUAUUGGCUUGGUACUCUCACUCACAACUAUUUUAUUGAACAUGAUUUUCCAAGGUUUUAGUAUAGGAUCCAACAUGUGGUUAACAGUUUGGUCUAAUGAUGCAGCACAUAGUGCGGAACCUGAAAAAAGAGAUUUGUAUUUGGGUGUUUAUGGUGCUCUUGGUAUAGGACAGGCACUAGCGAUGUUUAUUGGAUCACUUUUACUCUCGCUGGGCACAGUAUUGGCUGCCAAAGUGAUGCACAAUGCGCUUUUCUCCAGAUCUUUAAAAGCUCCGAUGAGUUUUUUUGAUACCACCCCACUGGGUCGUAUAAUUAAUCGUUUUUCAAAGGACAUCGACGUUAUUGACAAUGUACUGCCGAUGGUCAUCAGAACUUGGAUAAAUAUGUUAUUUACGGUGGUAGGUACUUUGGUUGUGAUCAGCAUAGCGACACCAAUUUUUGCCGCAGUAAUAGUGCCAAUUGCUUUCGUCUACUACUUUGUCCAGAGAUUUUACGUAGCAACUUCUAGGCAGCUCAAGCGUUUAGAAUCUGUAUCUAGGUCGCCUAUUUAUUCACACUUUGGUGAAACUGUUACUGGAGCUACGACCAUUCGAGCUUAUCAAGUCCAGGAUAGAUUUGUGCGAGAAUCAGAAAGCAAAGUGGAUUUCAAUCAAAUAUGCUAUUAUCCUAGUAUUAUAGCUAACCGAUGGUUAGCCGUACGCUUAGAAAUGGUGGGAAAUUUAAUUAUUUUCUUCGCUGCUCUUUUUGCUGUUCUUAGUCGUGAUUCUGAUAGUUCAGAUGCAGGGCUAGUGGGACUUUCAGUAACAUACGCGUUACAGAUAACGCAAACUUUAAAUUGGCUAGUACGUAUGACAUCUGAUGUGGAAACAAACAUUGUUGCUGUGGAACGUAUCAAAGAGUACGCCGAAACACCCACCGAAGCCCCAUGGGAUAUCCCAUCUACACAACCCAACGCAGAUUGGCCAGUUGAAGGCUGUGUAGAAUUUCGCAACUUUGAAGUCCGAUACCGUGAAGGACUUGAUCUGGUUUUGCGAGGAGUCAAUUUCAAAGUACAAGGUGGCGAAAAAGUUGGUAUAAUCGGACGAACUGGUGCUGGCAAGAGCAGUCUUACGUUAGCACUUUUUAGAAUCAUAGAAUCCGCUGGCGGUAGCAUAUUCAUUGAUGGUGUUGAUAUUUCAAAAUUGGGACUUCAUGCACUCAGAUCUAGAUUGACAAUCAUUCCUCAAGAUCCAGUCUUAUUUUCAGGAACUUUGCGUAUAAAUCUUGAUCCGUUUGAUGCUCAUUCUGAUGAAGAGGUCUGGCGAGCUCUUGAACAUGCUCAUCUUAAAGAGUUUGUAAAAGGUUUGUCAGCUGGCUUAAAUCAUGAAGUAAGUGAAGGUGGUGAAAAUUUGUCUGUGGGACAGAGGCAAUUAGUAUGUUUGGCAAGAGCUCUAUUAAGAAAAACAAAAGUGCUUGUACUAGAUGAAGCUACAGCAGCUGUAGAUUUAGAAACUGAUGAUUUAAUACAAACUACCAUCAGAACAGAAUUUAAAGAUUGCACUAUAUUGACCAUUGCACAUCGAUUGAACACUAUUAUGGACAGUGACAGAGUGAUAGUGCUGGAUAAAGGUCAAAUAUCCGAGUUUGCACCUCCACAGGAUCUCUUACAAAAUAAAAAUUCUGCAUUCUAUAGCAUGGCUAAGGAUGCUGGACUUGCGGGGUAAAAAAUUUGUUGUAUUUUAUAUAAUAUUUUUGAGGAUUGCAUCACAUUACUCUGCACACGUUAUUAGAUAAUACGUUUUUAUUAU